AGAGACGCUGCUCCGGCGGAGGGAUACAGCCCUACAUAUAUAGCAGGGAGGUGCAAGCUCACACCUACAGCAUUUGUCAGGGAGGAGCCGCUCGGAGGAGGUAGCAGCAGCAGCUCCUGCUCCUUUGCUUGAGCAGCCCGUGUAGCAGCAGCAGUAGCCUAACCCAACCCAACCACCCCCACGCAAUGGCUGAUCAGCUGACUGAAGAACAGAUUGCUGAGUUCAAGGAAGCUUUCUCCCUAUUUGACAAAGAUGGUGAUGGCACCAUCACAACAAAAGAGCUUGGGACUGUCAUGAGGUCAUUGGGUCAAAACCCAACAGAAGCAGAAUUACAGGAUAUGAUCAACGAGGUAGAUGCUGAUGGCAAUGGCACUAUCGAUUUCCCUGAGUUCUUGACCAUGAUGGCCAGAAAAAUGAAGGACACUGACAGCGAGGAAGAAAUCCGUGAGGCAUUCCGAGUCUUUGACAAGGAUGGCAAUGGUUAUAUCAGUGCAGCAGAACUACGUCAUGUUAUGACAAACUUAGGAGAAAAGCUAACAGAUGAAGAAGUAGAUGAAAUGAUCAGAGAAGCAGAUAUCGAUGGAGAUGGACAAGUGAACUAUGAAGAAUUCGUACAGAUGAUGACCGCAAAAUGAAGACCUCCUUUCACCUUUUUUUUUCCCCUCUAGAAGAAUCAAAUUGAAUCUUUUACUUACCUCUUGCAAAAAAUGUUCAUUUAUUCAUUCUGUUUCUGUAUAGCAAAACUGAAUGUCAAAAUACCUUCUGUCCACAAACUGCAUGUAAUGGUUGGUGGUCCUGUCCCCAAAAGAUCAAGUUAAACAUCAGUUUUACAAUAUAAGUAAGUGUACUACCUUUUUAAAAAAAAAAAUAAGGAAGCACUUAGUGAACUCCUCAAAAGUUCCAUUUGCUAAUGACUAUUACACUGUUUGGGCUGGCCAGUUUUUCAUGCAUGCAGCUUGACAAUUGAGCACAGUCAAACAUUUGUAUUUAAUUAAUAAAAAUAAAAAAAAAAAAACCCCUAAAAAAUCCACGAUUUUGUCCAACUGUGGAUUCUAAUUCAAUUUGUAGUGUAAAUUGUCAUAGCUGGUUUACUUUAAAAUUGGGUUAUACCUCAGGAUGGUAUGCAGCAAAAAUGGUCAAAGGAUGCAAAAUUUAGAGGAAAAUGCCCUAAAGGUUGAAUGGUUCUCCUGUAUGUAGCAUUGUGCUCCAAAAAAAGAUGAUCUUAACUAUGGGUGGCAUGUCUGUUAUAAUAUUGGUUUAACAUUGUCUGCAUUGCACUAUAGUGAAACGGGUGUCAGGCUGUUACCGUUCACAAAAUUUUUAAAAGAAACCUUCACCAAGGGAGCAUCUUUGGACUCUCUCCUAUUUUUAAAACCUUCUGUACCAUGACUUGGAGCUGGCAGAGUAGCCUGUGGACUUCAGCACAACUAUCAACAUCGCUGUUCAAGCUAUUACAGUUUGUCCAUUCCAAGUUGUAAAUGCUAGUCUUUUUUUCCAAUAAAAGACCAUUAACUUAAAAGUGUUGGUAAAUGCUUUGUAAAGCUGACUUGUAUAUAAAUUGAGACACUAAACCAAAAAAGCAGUAGGAAGGAAAUGUUUUUUUAUGAAUGACUUGCUGCUAAAUUAUAAUGCACAUGUAUGCAAUAACUUAUCCCAUAUCUCUUCUUCAAGAUGGCAAGGACUGACCUCUUGUAACCCAAGACCUUUGCUAUAAAUAAAUGAACUUGUGCUUGCCUUUC